GCGGCUCCGCUUGCUGUUCCCGGGGCGGCCGCGGCGCUGCUCGCUCUUCGCUGCCUUCCUUCCUUCCUGCUCGCUCCACUCCUCCUCCUGGCCGGGCCGUUGCAGGCCGAGCUGAGGCAGAGCGUCCUGGCCGCCGCCGCGUGCCGCCUCCUCCUCUUCCGCCGCCACCGCCGCCUUCCGUCCCUCGUCGGCCCCGCGCCCUCUCUCCGCCUGCCUCUGCCUCCUGCGGCUGCCGAGACUCCGGCGCUGCCCGCCGUCCAUGCGGAUGUGACACUUCGCGGCCGCCAUUUUGAGAGGCAGCGAAGGAGGCGGCGGCGGCGGCAGCAGCAACGGCGGAGGAGCAGGCCCGACUCCCGCCCCCUCCUCCUUCUCCUCCUCUCCGUCGCCAGGCGGCCGCGCUGCCGGGCCGCCCUCUUCCCUCCUCCUCCUCCUCACCGGAGCUGGCCCGGCCCGGGGGGGAAGGAGACGCCGCUGCCAAAGCAGUAGGGCCGCUACGACGUUGUUGUCGCCCGCCGCCGCCGCCUGCUCGGGCCAGGCCGCCGCCUCAGCAGCUGUGAGGCAAGCUCGGCCCCUCGCCGCCGCCGCCGCCGCCCUCCUCCUCCGGCUCUUCCCACCCCCGCCGCCAUUGGGCGAAUAGCCAGCAAAUACGUGCGCGUCUCGCUGCCUCCCCCGGCGGCCGCCCGCUCCUUGCCCGCCGCCGGAGCCCAGCCCGAAGCCCAGCCGCCCCAAGCCGCGGAGCCUCCCCGCCGCCAGCAGGAGCAGCAGCAUCUCCUGCUCCUCCUCCAGCGCUCCUCGCCGCCCGGCGCGGGGCCUCCUGCCGAAGAACAGCCGCCGCCGCCGCGUCCUUCUUCUCCUGAUCCAGGGAAGGCCCAGGCCCCCGAGCCUGAGCUCCCGCAGCCGCCGCCCGACAUGAACCACCACCAGCAGCAGCAGCAGCAGAAGCCCGGGGAGCAGCAGCUGAGCGAGCCCGAGGACAUGGAGAUGGAAGCUGGAGAUGCUGAUGAUCCACCAAGAAUUACUCAAAACCCAGUCAUCAAUGGGAACGUAGCAAUGGCCGAUGGUCACAACAACACAGAAGAAGACAUGGAAGAUGACACAAGCUGGCGGUCGGAAGCAACGUUUCAGUUCACAGUGGAACGUUUCAACAGGCUGAGUGAAUCAGUCCUAAGCCCCCCCUGCUUUGUGCGGAACCUGCCGUGGAAGAUUAUGGUGAUGCCACGACUUUACCCAGACAGGCCACAUCAGAAAAGUGUAGGGUUCUUUCUGCAGUGCAAUGCUGAGUCUGAUUCCACGUCGUGGUCUUGUCACGCACAAGCAGUGCUCAAGAUAAUAAAUUACAAGGACGAUGAGAAAUCUUUCAGUCGCCGUAUCAGCCACUUGUUCUUUCAUAAGGAGAAUGACUGGGGCUUUUCCAACUUUAUGUCAUGGAGUGAAGUUACUGAUCCAGACAAAGGCUAUAUAGAAGAUGACAAAGUAACUUUUGAAGUGUAUGUUCAAGCUGAUGCUCCACAUGGUGUGGCGUGGGAUUCCAAGAAGCAUACAGGAUACGUGGGGCUGAAGAACCAGGGAGCAACCUGCUAUAUGAACAGCCUAUUACAGACAUUAUUCUUCACAAACCAGCUACGAAAGGCUGUGUACAUGAUGCCCACAGAAGGAGACGACUCAUCAAAAAGUGUUCCUUUAGCGCUGCAGAGGGUGUUCUAUGAGCUCCAGCAUAGCGACAAGCCAGUAGGGACUAAGAAGCUAACAAAAUCUUUUGGAUGGGAGACGUUAGACAGCUUCAUGCAACAUGACGUUCAGGAACUGUGUCGAGUGUUGCUUGAUAAUGUUGAAAAUAAAAUGAAAGGCACCUGUGUAGAAGGCACUAUCCCUAAAUUAUUCAGGGGGAAAAUGGUGUCUUAUAUCCAGUGCAAACAUGUAGACUAUCGUUCUGAACGAAUAGAGGAUUAUUAUGACAUCCAGCUAAGUAUAAAGGGAAAGAAGAAUAUAUUUGAGUCCUUCAUUGAUUAUGUUGCCGUGGAACAGCUCGAUGGGGACAAUAAAUAUGAUGCAGGAGAGCACGGUUUGCAGGAGGCAGAAAAAGGUGUAAAGUUCUUAACGUUGCCGCCGGUGUUGCAUCUACAACUCAUGAGGUUCAUGUAUGAUCCCCAGACUGACCAGAACAUCAAGAUAAAUGAUAGGUUUGAAUUUCCAGAUCAGUUGCCUCUUGAUGAAUUUUUGCAAAAAACAGAUCCUAAAGAUGCUGCAAACUACAUACUUCACGCAGUGCUAGUUCACAGUGGAGAUAACCACGGUGGACAUUAUGUUGUUUACUUGAACCCUAAAGGGGAUGGAAAAUGGUGUAAAUUUGAUGAUGACGUUGUAUCUAGAUGUACAAAGGAAGAAGCAAUUGAACAUAACUAUGGAGGCCACGAUGAUGACUUAUCCGUACGGCACUGUACUAAUGCAUAUAUGUUGGUUUAUAUCAGGGAGUCAAAAUUAAGUGAGGUUUUGCAGGCAGUCACUGACCAUGAUAUUCCUCAGCAACUAGUGGAACGGCUGCAAGAAGAGAAAAGAAUAGAGGCUCAGAAGAGAAAGGAGAGGCAAGAGGCUCACCUCUACAUGCAAGUGCAGAUAGUAACAGAGGACCAGUUCUGUGGCCAUCAAGGCAACGACAUGUACGAUGAAGAAAAAGUGAAAUACACUGUGUUCAAAGUGCUGAAAAAUUCAACACUUGCAGAAUUUGUUCAAAACCUUUCUCAAACAAUGGGCUUUCCACAAGAUCAGAUACGAUUGUGGCCAAUGCAAGCCCGAAGUAACGGAACAAAAAGGCCAGCUAUGUUAGACAAUGAAGCUGAUGGCAAUAAAACUAUGAUUGAGCUCAGUGACAAUGAAAAUCCAUGGACAAUAUUCCUGGAAACUGUAGAUCCAGAAAUGGCUGCUACAGGGGCAACAUUACCCAAGUUUGACAAAGACCAUGAUGUAAUGCUGUUCCUGAAGAUGUAUGAUCCAAAGACACGGAGUUUGAAUUAUUGUGGGCAUAUCUACACACCUAUAUCCUGUAAAAUACGUGACUUGCUGCCAGUUAUGUGUGAAAGAGCAGGAUUUCCCCAAGAAUCUAAUCUUAUCCUCUAUGAGGAAGUUAAACCGAAUUUAACGGAGAGAAUUCAAGACUAUGAUGUUUCCCUCGACAAAGCUCUCGAUGAACUCAUGGAUGGUGACAUCAUUGUGUUUCAAAAGGAUGACCCCGAGAAUGAUAGCAGUGAACUACCGACAGCAAAAGAGUACUUCAGAGAUCUGUACCACCGAGUUGAUGUCAUCUUCUGUGACAAAACCAUCCCAAAUGACCCCGGCUUUGUUGUCACAUUAUCCAACAGAAUGAAUUAUUUUCAGGUUGCAAAGACAGUCGCCCAAAGGCUUAAUACAGAUCCUAUGCUCCUACAGUUUUUCAAGUCCCAAGGUUAUAGAGAUGGCCCAGGUAAUCCUCUUAGACAUAAUUAUGAUGGAACUUUAAGAGAUCUCCUGCAGUUCUUCAAGCCUAGACAACCUAAGAAACUUUACUAUCAGCAGCUUAAAAUGAAAAUCACAGACUUUGAAAACAGGAGAAGUUUUAAGUGCAUAUGGCUAAACAGCCAAUUUAGGGAAGAGGAAAUAACACUAUAUCCAGACAAGCAUGGGUGUGUACGGGACUUAUUAGAUGAAUGUAAAAAAGCUGUAGAACUUGCUGAGAGAGGUUCAGGGAAAUUAAGGCUGCUAGAAAUUGUAAGUUACAAAAUAAUCGGUGUCCAUCAGGAAGAUGAAUUGUUAGAGUGUUUAUCGCCAGCAACGAGUCGGACGUUUCGAAUAGAGGAAAUCCCCCUGGACCAGGUAGAUCUAGAUAAGGAGAAUGAGAUGCUAAUCACAGUGGCUCAUUUCCAGAAAGAGGUUUUUGGGACAUUUGGCACUCCUUUCUUGCUAAGGAUACACCAGGGCGAACACUUCCGAGAGGUGAUGAAGAGGAUUCAGACAGUGCUGGACAUCCAGGAGAAAGAAUUUGAAAAGUUUAAGUUUGCCAUUGUCAUGAUGGGUCGACACCAGUAUAUAAAUGAAGAUGAAUAUGAAGUGAACUUGAAAGAUUUUGAGCCCCAACCCGGUAACAUGUCUCAUCCCAGGCCUUGGCUAGGGCUUGACCAUUUCAACAAAGCCCCAAAGAGAAGUCGCUACACGUAUCUUGAAAAAGCUAUUAAAAUCCAUAACUGACUUACCCUCUCCAGUUUGUUCGAGGCAAAAAGGGGCAACAAUAAGUGUGUGUGUGUGUGUGUGUGUGUGUGUGUGUGCGUGCGUGGGCGCACCUUUUUAACAACCGUAGGACUUUUGGUACACGUGCACUCAAUCGGAAGUCUCCAGCAAGAGGAUUUGCUGCUGAUUUAUUAAUUUUAUUUUGAGGCUGUUCAGUUUGGCUUCUCCGUAUCUAUUAUUGACUGCCCUUUUCUUUUUUUUGGAGCAAAAAUGAAGGUGUUUUAUAAAAGCUUUGGGUGCCAAUGAGAGUUUUUAUGGAAAAUGUAAACAAGGCAAGAUUGUCGGCAUCAUAACAAGGGAAGGGUUGAGUAGAGCAGUUGACAUUGGCAAAAUAUUUGUCUGUAGUACAUUUAAUUGGACGGCCUCUUCUGGCUGCCCUCCCUUCCCCUCCCUCCUCCCCUCCUCUCCCAAAUACGAUACCGGCCAUCACUGCAGCAGCUAGAUGGCGCUACCGUUAGGCUCACAUCCAAUUUGUUUCCUUCAGUUAUAUACUUUAAAUGACAUUUUUGUGCAUUUGUAAAUGCAAAGAGAAACUCACAUCAUCAAUAAAUAGCGAUCUCUACUUUGUUGUGUACACUGUUGGCACUUAUUCGGGGGGUGAAUUUUUGUCUCUUCAGCCUAGGACUUCUCUUUUUUUAUUAUUAUUUUAAAUAAAUGGAUUUUGAGACAGAUUUGUUUUUCUCACAUCACCUUUUGCCAAGGAAGAAGUCUGACCCCCCCCCCCAAAAAGGAGGUGCAGCAUCAUUAUAUUCCUUUAGAAAUGGUUGAGAAUAAACCCCUUUGGUUACAACGUGAUUUCAGGCACAGUACCAACAAUCUCAGAGGAUUUGAAGAAGGAAAAGGCAUCUAUUUUGUUAUUAAUUUAGCUAACCUGGGAGGAAAAGGGGAAGGCAAACAAAAUAGCCUUUUAGCACUGAGGGCAUGUUCACUAGUAUUUAGUAAGCUGUUGACUUUGUAAAAAAAAUAGGGGCUUGGGAGGGGGAAGAAAAUUAAAUUGUAUAUUUAAUGGAGGACUAUGUACAAUUUAACAUUUGGAGGUUACUUUUGGGGGUGGGCGGGGGGUGGGUAGGGUGAGUCUGCAAGUGAAUUUCACAGAUGUCAAUAUUCAUUGUGUGUAGUUUUAUUUCAGUCCCCAGGCUGCUUUUCCAUUUUAGUUUGGAGCUAACAACAGCCCACGUGUUUCUAUAAGUUUCUGAGUGCAGUAAAAAUAAAGAAGCAGCCAUUUACACUCCCCUCCCCUUUAUCUCACAGUCUUUCCAUUCUCCCCCUCCUUCAUUCCCUCACCCCAAUAUUUUAUUUUGUUUCUGUAGCUGCAGAGUGCAACGAUUCUUCCUGUAUAUUGCCUUUUUUUUUUUUUUGCUGGAAAAAAAUGUUGUAUGUUGAAUAAAAAUUUUCUAUAAAAUUUUA